AUGGUUGAAAUCGGUGAAGAUUCUCCAUUAAAGAGCCUAUCAACAGUCAGAUGUGUAUACAAACCAAUAUUUGACCUCUCUACCAAGGACUCAUCCAACGCUUCACCAUCAACAUCAGGUGAGCCACAAAAAAGAAGAAGUGAAGCCCUGCCGGUGGAUGAUACGGCACCACAGCCAGGACCAAGCAUCAAGCACCCAAAGGUUGUGCAAGUUGCAAAGCGAUUGCCUAAAGACUUCAAGCUGCCUUCAAAAUUUAGUGCUCAGGUGCAACCUUUAAUGGAGAAUGAUAAAGCAGUGUUCACGACGUCACAGAUUAACCAAGGGGUUCGUGAUAUUGCAAAAUCGAUGUGGUUGUACACAGAGCAACCAACUACUGCUGAGCUGCAAACUGUUAUAGCAAUGCUGGUCAAAAAGUAUCCCCACUUUAGAUUGACUGCUAAAUCCCUGUCCACCCCAGAGUCGAAUAUGCCCCACCCCCCGGCCUACCGACCGCUUGUAUGUACAGGGCAAGGAGCAUUCAGUCAAAAUACAGAUCUCCAACAGUCAACACCAAAACCUGUGUUCCCAUGUCUUCAACUCUAUUUCAUCAAUUUUAACUCUACUAAGCGGAGCACCUCUGGUCUCCAAACAACUUCAAAAAUUAGGGAUUCCGAAAAGAUCAAGAGGGCGGAAAGGCGGGCUGCAGGCUUGGAGAGGCCGUGGACAGGACCCAGGCUGCCGAGACAAUUCCGUAACACCCCGGAGGCCAGGCGUCAAAUUGAGGCAUACAACCGCUACGUUGAAACAACCGGCCAACCAGCAGCAACCAACCCUCUGGAGUCUGUCCUCCCGAUUCUUGUGCGGUCCAUGCCACUUGCGGAGUUAAAGGGAGCCCUCACUCCAAAAUAUUCAGGUGACAUCCGAUACAGACCGGCUGAAGAAGCAGAAGCGACCACAUUGCCACCCCAAAUCGAGCAACCCGAACGAGAUCUCGAACUUUCGAUCGCGGCAGGCCUAGAAGAAGACCUGAUCGACCUUGCCUCAGAGGAGGAACCCGAGCCACUUCUUCCAACCAACUAUAGGGCACAUGCUGGUGUUACGGGAUACAUACAAAAAAAGUGCGGUACAAUUGUAAACAGCGAAGGCGGACUCAUUAUUCACCCGUUGAACCAUCGCAUGGUUCAUACGCUGAUUCGUCCAAACCCCGACCCGACAUAACGAAUACUGCCUGACAUCCGCGCCAAAUUUCACCCCAAAAGUAUCCUCGAUAACCCGCACCUGGACCCGAACCCCGUUAUCAAACCGACCAUCACUAAAGAAGAGAAAGAAAAAGAGAAAGAAAAGGAGAAAGAAAAAGACAAAGAAAUAGUGAAAGAAGAAGAAGAGAAAGAGAAAGAAGGAGAAGAAGAAGAGAAGAUAGACGAAGAGGAAGAAGAAAUACUCAUAAUUCAUGCCAAUCCAGACGAUCUUAUCGAUCUCUACAAAGCUUUGUGAAUGUUCUUCCCCAAAAAUAAAUGAAAAUUUAAAAACAA